AUGGCAUCAUCUUCAAAUAACUCGUCUACAACAAGCGGACUUACCAAUAGUUAUUUUUUUUAUGGUACUCAUCCAUUAAAAGUUCCAAACAAUGUAACACAUUCAAAUUCUACACAUAAUAUAUCAUCAACAUUAGAGCAAAAUACGCAUCAUUUAUCACUUCAUUUACCAGCUAAUCAUAAUGGUUUUUCAUCAACAACAAAAUCAUUAAAUAACCUUGUACAAACUCAAAUAGAUAAUGAUGAUACUGAGGUUUUCGAAGAUGCAUUAGAAAGUCUCGAUGAUGAUUAUCGUACACCACCUGUUAAUGAAAAACAUACUUCAUCAAAACAAGGUGAAGAAUCAACGAUUGAUUUAUUUCAAGCACUUAAAGAAUGUGAACAAAUUACACAACUUUUUUUUCAAAAUCAUCUCAAUGAAGCUCUCAGAAAAACUAAAGAACAAGAAAACCGAUCAUUAUAUCAUAGUCUAAGUCAUAGUACAAUUAGUUUUCUUCAAGCUGGAAUGACAUUUAAUCAGGAUGAUAUUGAAGCAGCAGUUCAAGCAUUAAAACAUACGAAUAGUAUGGCAAAGAAAUAUGAACCAAAUAAAUCAUGGAUACCAUUUAGUCUUUCAUCGAAACCAGUUUUAAAUGAAUAUGAAUUGCAUGCUAAAUUAGUUUAUGCUGAAGCAUUAUUAAUUGGAGCUUUAUUAACAUUUAUUCAAGAUCAAGGUUUAUUUAGUUUUAUAAGUGGAGCAUUAAAAAUCAAAGAAUGUCAUGAUAUAUUUAUAAAAUUAUCGAAACAAAACGAUCCGUCCAAAUUUUCAUCGACGUUAUCCUAUGAACAUUUUGAUAGUGGAGUUCGAAUGGGUAAUGGUGCAUUUAAUUUGAUGAUUUCAAAUCUUCCACAACGUAUAAUCAAAUAUCUUGAAUUUAUUGGAUUUUCAGGCGAUAGAGAAUUGGGUUUAACUGAAUUAGACAAAAGUGCUAAUAGCAAAGGAUUACGAGCAACAUUUUCAGCUCUAACUCUUCUCAGUUAUCAUACAUUUGUUACACCAAUAUUUGGUAAUAGUGAUGGUGAUCUGGAAAUGUGUCAUACGUUAGUCGAACGUUUUUUAAAACAAUAUCCUGAUGUAAGUAUUAUAUUGAUAAAGAUAUUAGAAAUAUAUAGAUAG